AUGGCAAAAUAUGAGUAAUUAGAUUCUCCAUAUGCAAAAGUGUUUUUCAUUUUGUAAUAAUUAAUGAAAGCAGAAUUAAUUACUCAAAGCGAAAAGGAUCAUAUUAAAGGUAUAUAGAUAUAUGUUAUAAAGACUUAAUAAUUCAAAACGACUAGUCAAUAUUGAAUUUAAUUGUAGUAGAAAGCUAUCAAGAACUAUUUGAAAAAGUUUAAGAAUUUAUUAAUAAAAAAAGAGUUAGUUUAGAAGGAUUAUCUGAUUUUGAAGAUGAUGAUUCAACUAGCAAAAGUCUAAGAAAGUAUUUAAGAAAUAAAUUAAAACUGGAAAUAAAACAGAGUAAUUUUAAUUUGUUAAUUAAGAAAAUUUGA